CAUCAUCAGCACCAGUUCUGCUCAGCGAGGGGGAGCCAUUUCGAAGACGGAAAGAAACAAAAGGGACAUCCAGCUGCCUGGCCAUGGGGAACUUGGUAACCGCAGCUGGCGAAUAUGCCGGCGAGAGCGGAACGAAUCACUUGCUCGGAAGCGCUUUUGCGGAACCAGAAUCACCCAGCGAGGUUCUCUCGAGCCAGUGCCAAGAAGAACGCAUCACAGUGACAGCGGCUGGCGGCGCAAUGCCCCGGCGAGGUCGGCAGUCCUCCCGGCAGUCUUCUCCGAUGCCUUUCGCCCUGGGAAGCAGGUCGUCCCUUGUCCCAAAGGAUGCGAGGUGUCCGCGGCUCGCAGGGCAGCAGGGUCGAUUGAUGCAAGGUCGGGGCCCGGACCUCCGUGCGCGUCGACAGCUGCCCAAGGUGGCGGUCAGUGCUCCGAAACACCAGGCAGCGCGGCCGCGCCAGGCCGCCGCGGUGGCAGCGCGAAGUCGCAGGCCUCACGCCUCACCCUCGAGUCCGCCUUCCCUUGCUCCGGUGGCAGAGAACCUGUCGCCGGGGUCGCCAUCGGAUGAGCAGCGCAUGCUGCCUCGGCCACAGCUCAGCCCUCCUGUAUCGGCGCCAGAGAUUCGCCGUCAAGCAGAGCAGCAAGGCGACCGCCCGCCAUCCUUGCCAGUGGACGCGAUCGUCAACGCCUCUGGGUCGCCCCGACGCCUGAGCGCGUUCCGACGCCUGUUGCAGUUCAAGCGUGGCUUGCUCCUGUCGGGCGUCACCCUGAGCCUCGCCACUACCAUCCUGACGCUGCUCACUUGGAUGCUCGUGAACGAGCCGCUGGGAGACGACGUGGCGCGCAACGCGUCGCGCCUGGCGCAGAUGCUGCUGCUCAGAGGCGACGACGCGGUUCCCGGAAGCGGGGACAACGCUUCCAUAGUGGCCGCUAACGAGAGCGCGAGCUUAGCGGAAGAAGCCGCACGUACCGCUGCAGCACCAGGCGGUGACGAUGCGGCGCCGCUCUUCUAGAAAUUGAACAAAAAGUGUCUAUUUCUCAUGCGUUUAUUUACUAUUUCAUAGCUUAGUUCUCACCUGGAUUUCGUCAGAUUAUUCACCAAGGUAAAUUGUGUUGUACGAAAUGGAACAUUUAAAUUAUAGUUGCCCCACUGUAGGAAGAAAGCAUAUGUGGGAACGCUUGCCAGGCGCUUGUCUGCGUCAUUAAGACGCCACGACAUUACAACAUAUAUCAUCUGUAGUGUCCCCAUGAAUUAUGCGAUAUGUCGUUUGUUACUGUUUUUCUUCACAUUUUGAGAUACUCAUCUUUGGUCCAUAUACGAGCCACAAAAAAGGUAUUACCUAUUGGACCGCAUUUUAGGCAUAUAAUUGGUAAAAAAUUAAACCACGAAUGCAAGUCGGGAA